AAAGAAGAGAUCUUCAACCUGAGCGGCGAUGUUCCGAUUGAAAACGAACGACCUAUUAUAUUGAAAGUUUACACGUGUCAAAAUCUCAGACGACGACGACGACGACGACGUAUCGGGAAGCUUCUCCUCUUCUCUGGUCUUCCCUUGUUGUUGUGGUGUCUACAUCUUUCCCUCUUCCGACGAUUCCAAUUCCAUCGAUCGCAAAUUUCUUAUUCUUCCCCAGGAUUCCGUAGCCGCCGACGAUUUCCAUCAGGAAGAAGAUGUGGAACCAGGAGUAUGAUCUGGAGUCAGCUCAGACUCCUCUCUACCCGAAGAUGACGACGGAGCCCCCCGAGCUCCGAUGGUCUUUCAUCCGGAAGGUCUACUCCAUCAUCUCCAUCCAGCUGCUCGUCACUAUCGCCGUCGCCGCCACCGUCGUUAAGUUUCCUCCUAUCUCCGUCUUCUUCACCACCACCGGCGCCGGCUUCGCUCUCUACAUCCUUGUUAUCUUCACUCCAUUGAUUGUUAUGUGUCCAUUGUAUUACUAUCACCAGAAGCAUCCUGUGAAUUAUAUAUUACUCGGGAUUUUCACCGUCUCCCUUGCCUUUGCCGUUGGCUUGACCUGCGCCUUUACCAGCGGAAAAGUCAUUCUCGAGUCUGUCAUUUUGACGUCUGUUGUGGUGGUAUCCCUCACUCUCUACACUUUCUGGGCUGCCAAAAGAGGUCAUGACUUCAACUUCCUCGGACCUUUCUUGUUCGGUGCCGUCAUUGUGCUUAUGGUGUUUUCCUUCAUCCAGAUUCUCUUCCCUCUCGGAAAGAUCUCGGUGAUGAUCUAUGGUUGUUUUGCAUCCAUCAUCUUCUGUGGCUACAUUGUAUAUGAUACGGACAACUUGAUCAAGAGACACUCGUAUGACGAGUACAUUUGGGCGGCAGUCUCUCUUUAUCUGGACGUCAUCAAUCUCUUCCUAUCUCUCCUCACUCUCUUGAGGGCUGCUGAUAGUUAGCCCCUUCCUUCUCUUAUAAAACUUUGUCAUUUCUUCAUAUCUCAAAAUUAUUUUAUCUGGCUUGUAAAGGAAAGUUGAACUCUGUAACACUCAUUCUACUUGUGAAAGUCUUAGAAGUCAUCUCUUCUCAAUCAA